AUGGCGGACUUUGAUACCAUUUACGAGUUGGAAGACGACGACGAAGACGAGCGCGUCGUCAUCGAGGAGCACUUGUCCAGAUACUGCCCGGAACCAGUUGUGCUGCGCGGCGCCGGACACAUUACGUUGUUUGGCCUUAGCAACCGCUUUGACACGGAGUUCCCUUCCAUUUUGACGGGAAAGGUGGCGCCCGAGGAGUUCCGCACCAGCGUGGGCCGCGUCAACGCCUGCCUGAGGAAGAACGUGCCCGUCAACGUCAAGUGGCUGCUGUGUGGGUGUCUAUGUUGCUGCUGCACGGCCGGGUGCAGCUUGUGGCCUGUCGUUUGCCUCAACAAGAGGACAAGAAGAUCUAUUCACAAGCUACUGGAAUGGGAGAACAACAGAUUGUACCACAAGCUGGGCCUGCACUGGAAGCUAAGCAAAAGAAAAUGUGAGAGCAGCAACAUGAUGGAAUAUGUGAUUCUUAUAGAACUCUUACCCAAGUAUCCCAUACUACGACCGGACUGA